CUCAAGAAAACCGAGUUUUCGUUUUGUUUCAGUUUUUAACAUGUUACGUGACGAAUAGUUUUGGAAAGAAAAGUAAAAGUACCAGGUAAAUAACCCUGGAAUAUGACGUCCAGAGACGUGGAAAGAGACCGCCUGGUGAAGAAGAUAACGGAGAAGCGAGCCAAGUUAGAUGCUAGAGGGGAUCUCAAUAUCAAAGUACCUAGAUUAACUUUACCAUCCGAUUUCAAUAUAGAAGAUAGGUCCCUGUUUUCGCUUCCACCAGAACUGCUAAAACCAAUUGUGGCAUCUUCAUAUCCAAAAUACAAGAGAAAACUUGCGGCCGAAAAGAAGAAAGUUGCUGAACAACAAUCAAAACUCAAAUCGUAUGCGGCUUUGAAAAAACAAAGAGAAGAGUUCAGAAAUAGGCUCGUCAAAUUAAUUGUUUGUAGAGAAGGAGAACCUGAAAUUGAAGAAGAUGAAAUACCGUCUGCCGAAGAGAAAGAAAUGUUGCGAUACUACUAUUACGUCAAACAUGGGGUGGACACGGUUCAUGUAGCACCCCUUGAUGGAAAAGUAUUAAGUAGGGUGUUGGCCUUAGUACCCCGCCGAUUAAUGAUCUGGGAGGAAACUUUGAGCGAAUCCAUCAAAGAUGUAAAGGAAGAUUUUAUGAUGGCUGUGAAAAAAGCAAUCAUAGAUUUUGUUCUACAAGAUCCGGCUUUUGUAAGACCUCUAGGAGAUGAAGAAUCAAAGUACCGAAAAGAACUGAAGAUGAUCGGAAAUAGCUUCAGACCCAGCUUCAAUGCGGCUAAACUGAAAAUGGAGAGAAACUUGCACGUUAUCAAUCCUUGUUUGGCGGCACUGUUGGAUUUAUGGUACAGCAAAAAAUUAACAAAAUUACGGUUGAUAGAAGUGGAAACACUGAAGCAACACCAAGGCGCUUUUGAACUACAAGACUUUAAAUACACCGCCAACAAGCACAUACAGAAAUGCAAGACCACCUUAACCGAUGUUUAUUAUCGAGAAGUCAUCGACAUAUUUCUCUUAGGAAACAGAAGGAAAAAGCUACCUGAUCCCAGUAAGAAAAAGAAGAUGCAAUCGUUUUAUAACGCCGUUGCUACCAUAAUGACCUAUCAUCUGCAAACUCUUUGUCUCAAGUCGCUUUAUGACUAUGUAAAUUAUAUAACGGAUGUGAAGUAUUCCAAUAAAGGAUUCCAAAUUAAGUUACAACAAAGGGUGAAUAUACUGGUAUUUGAGCCGCCCUUCAAAAACUUUAGAGAUACCCUCAUACACUUAAUAGACGAUAUUAUUGAUGCUGUUAUGGAUAUUCCACGUUUGGAAACAAAAUUAUAUUUGGACUGGCAAGAAACGGCGUUUCUUCAGCCAACAAUUCCUGAAGAAACUGCUAUGUCAUAUAAAAUCCGCAUUAGGGAUAUGCUAGAAGAUCAACGCAUUGGUCCGGAAUUAAGAGUUCAAGAUUUCGAUGAGUUUCUGCCUCUUAUCAACGGACAGGACGAACAGUUCAUAGAGCAAUUUCUUCAACGUGAUCAUUCGUUCGACGAGUACGUUAAGCAAAUUCUCAAGUAUAAAUUGAUAAUGGACCGUAUUCCAUUGGCCACGGAACACGUUAUUCGUAUGGAAAUGUACGACAUGAACAGAGAGGAUCUGAUCAGAACGUUAGAAAUGACAGCGGAAAAUUUUAAGGAAACUCUCAUACAUCGUUGUACUAAAAAUUACCAGCAGAUAUGCAAAGCGUAUCUGCAUAUGCCAAAAGUUUUGGAAGAACACAGGCAAAUGGUUGAUACUAAAAUUGAUGAAUUUCAAGUUCAACUGGCGACGAAGAUUCAGAAAUUUAAAGAAGAUUUGGAAGUAUACGCCAAAAUGGUUGAUGAUCUUCAAUACAACGGAAAUAUUGAAGACUUGCCUAGAUAUCAUAAAAAGGCUACGAAACUUGAUGAGAGACUUAUUACUGCAAUGGAACGCAUAGAUCAAUUCAAUGAAGAGGAACAAGCUUUCGGUUUCGAGUUAUCUCAGUAUCCCCAAAGGAAAAUCAUUUACGAUAAACUUGUACCAUAUAAAAAAUUGUAUGAUAAUUCGACAGAUUUCCUUAACAAAUACGAUCUCUGGAUGAAGUCCCAGGUGGGAACGCAUGAUCCCGAGGAGAUCGAGACUGAUGUUGGGACAUACUUCAGAAAUAUUUAUAAAUUAGAAAAAGUGUUCGCCGAUAAACCCGCGACAUUGGAGAAAAUAAUUGACUAUGGAUUGGACGACUAUAUCGAUAAGUUUGAAGCUAUAUCCGAAGCCGCUACUAAGGAGAACAACCUAGAGAAGGCUCUCAAUAAAAUGAUGAACGAAUGGCAAGAUAUGGAGUUUAGCGUCUUGGUAUAUAGAGAUACAGGAACAUACAUUUUGUCAGCAGUCGACGAUAUCCAAGUUCUUCUCGAUGAUCAUAUAGUGAAAACGCAAACGAUGAAGAAUUCUCCUUACAUCAAACCAUUCGAGAAACAAAUUUUAGACUGGGAACAGAAAUUACAACUACUUCAAGAAAUUCUCGACGAAUGGUUAAAAGUUCAAUCUACAUGGAUGUAUCUAGAGCCAAUAUUUUCAUCUCCUGACAUUCAGCAACAAAUGCCUGAAGAAGGGAGGCGAUUUAGUGCAGUUGAUAAGAUUUGGAGAGACUUGAUGAAGACAGUGUUCACAGAUUGUAAAGUUUUGGCCGUUGUGGAGAUAGAUAAGAUGGCGGAAAGGUUGAAGAAAUGUAAUAAUCUAUUAGAACUGAUUCAGAGAGGUCUCAAUGAUUAUUUGGAGAAGAAGAGACUUUACUUUCCAAGGUUCUUUUUUCUGUCUAAUGAUGAGCUGUUAGAAAUUUUGUCAGAAACGAAAGACCCGACGAGGGUUCAACCUCAUCUGAAGAAAUGUUUCGAAGGAAUAGCGAAACUGACCUUCACCGAAGAUAUGGACGUUACACAAAUGAGAUCCAGUGAGGGCGAAAUUGUUCCAUUAGUCGACGUUAUUCAAACUGCCCUGGCUCGUGGUCAAGUGGAAAAGUGGUUAGUUGAACUUGAAGUUGACAUGAAGAAGUCUGUACAUAAUAUGGUUGCUGCUUCCAUAGUGGAUUAUCCAAACCUACCAAGAGAAAAGUGGGUAUUAAAAUGGCCUGGGCAAUGCAUCCAAUCUGUGGGAUGUACUUUUUGGACUACAGAGGUGACAGCUGCGAUUGAUGCGAGCCUGGAUCAUAUGAAAAAAUACUUAGAUAAGUCUAUUCAGCAAAUAAACAAGAUAGUUGACUUGGUGAGAGGAAAACUGAACUUGCAAAAUCGAAUAACCUUAGGAGCAUUAGUUGUACUGGAUGUCCACGCUAGAGACGUUUUGUCAGGAUUGAUUAAUGAUGGAGUGAAGAACGUACACGAUUUCAAAUGGCUCUGUCAGCUUCGUUACUAUUGGGAGGAAAACAACAUGGUUACCUCAAUGAUCAACUCUAGUUUGAAAUACGGUUACGAAUACCUGGGAAAUACAACAAGAUUGGUAGUUACACCCCUGACUGAUAGGUGUUAUAGAACUCUGUUUGGGGCAUUACAUCUUCAUUUAGGAGGAGCUCCUGAAGGACCUGCUGGUACGGGUAAAACCGAGACAACCAAAGAUUUGGCUAAAGCCGUUGCCAAGCAGUGUGUUGUGUUCAACUGUUCCGAUGGGUUGGACUAUAUCGCUCUGGGAAAAUUCUUUAAGGGAUUGGCAUCUUGCGGAGCUUGGUCGUGCUUCGAUGAAUUCAACCGCAUAGAUCUGGAAGUACUUUCAGUGGUCGCACAGCAGAUACUCACUAUCCAACGUGGCAUCAAUUCAGGUAAUGAGAAACUGCUCUUUGAAGGAACCGAACUCAAUCUGGACCCGACCUGCGCUGUCUUCAUCACCAUGAAUCCUGGCUAUGCCGGAAGAUCGGAAUUACCAGAUAACCUCAAGGCUCUGUUCCGAUCCGUGGCUAUGAUGGUGCCUGAUUACGCGAUGAUAUCGGAGAUCGAACUAUAUGCUUCCGGUUUCCUGACGGCGAAACCUUUGUCUGUCAAAAUUGUGGCUACUUAUAGAUUAUGUUCGGAACAGUUGUCGUCUCAACAUCAUUACGAUUACGGUAUGCGAGCUGUGAAAUCAGUAUUAAGAGCUGCAGCAGCAUUGAAGCUGAGAUAUCCCGAUGAAAGAGAAGACAUACUGGUCCUGAGAAGCAUAAUCGAUAUCAACUUGGCUAAGUUUCUUUUCCAUGAUGUUCCUUUAUUCAAUGGUAUCACUUCUGACUUAUUCCCUGGAGUUGUAUUACCUGUACCAGAUUAUGUCGUUUUGAAUAAAGCUGUGGAAGAUGCUUGCAAAGCUAGUAAUCUGCAGUGUACACGUAUUUUCCUGGAGAAGGUGCAACAGUUGUAUGAGAUGAUUAUAGUCAGGCAUGGAUUGAUGAUUGUUGGUCUACCAUUCGCCGGAAAAACUAGUUGUUACCGAGUACUGGCAGAUGCCUUAGGGCUUGUGGAAGAAAGGGGCGGUAUGGAUGAACAUAAAACCGUUUAUACAGUCAUGAAUCCCAAAUCUAUAACACUGGGUCAACUAUAUGGUCAGUUUGAUCCAGUAUCACAUGAAUGGUCAGAUGGGGUGUUAGCUGUGAGUUUUCGCCAAUUUGCCAUGUCAACUACAGAAGAUAGAAAAUGGUUGAUAUUUGACGGGCCCGUUGAUGCGGUAUGGAUUGAAAACAUGAAUACUGUACUCGAUGAUAACAAAAAGUUAUGCUUGAUGUCUGGAGAAAUCAUUCAGCUAGCGAAUACAACCAAUCUGAUAUUUGAACCAAUGGACUUGGAUGUAGCUUCGCCGGCUACUGUUUCCAGAUGUGGAAUGAUUUACAUGGAACCAAGUUCUUUGGGUUGGGAACCGCUUCUUCUCUCAUGGCUGAACACUUUACCAUCAUUCAUCAAUAAUGACUUUUAUAAGACCAUGAUUUAUAACUUGUUCAUCCGAUUUUGUAAACCACUAAUUUGGCUUAUACGAAAAGGUGGAGUCAGGAACUACAGAGAAUGA